AUGGACCGUCUUAAAAACAGCAUUCUCCAAAACAUCCACGAUGAGAUGGUCAAAGGUACGUUCAAUGACCUUGACAUUGUCUGUGAGAAUGGGACAACGAGCGCAAACCGUUUGGUCCUUGCCGCGAUGUCAUCGUACUUCCGGGCAAUGUUAACAUCAGACAUGACAGAAAGUCGGACGGGCAUCUUCAACCUGCCCACUGUCACGGUGUCGGUGUUUCAGGAUAUUCUCAAGAUGUCUUUGUGUUCAGUGGAUCUUGUAAACGAAGACAAUUGCAUCAAAAUGUUAGACGCAUGUGAAAUGAUGCAGCUUGAUGACGUCAAAGAUCUGUGUCAUCGUUAUCUUAAGAAAAGUCUAGUGAUCAACGCCGACAACUGUCUACACUGGUGGAGACUUCUGAAUCGCUACAAUGUUCCUGAUUUGUCCAGCAGAGCAUUCUCUUAUCUGACAGAAAACUUGACUGACUUUCUUCAAACAGAAAAUACUGGUCAUUUGUCAAAGACAGAACUUCUAGAAAUAUUGUCUAAAAAUGAUUUGAAAUGCAAGGAAGACGUAAUUAUGAAAAGUGUCAUGAAGUGGCUUGAAACAAAUAACCCGGAUGCAGAUGAUGUAAAACAUAUAUUUGAAAUGAUCAGGAUCAAUAUUGUUGAUCCAAAGUUCCUCGUUGCGAAUGUGGUAUUUUCAAAAUUCAUCUUUGAAAAUAACUCUGUUCAGGAAAUGAUACAAAAUGUGCUGUGUUCACAUCUGAUCACAACCGGUUCAAUAAGCAGGUUUGAUAGUCAAGUUGAGAAUGUUUUCAUAUUGCAUUAUAACGAAACAAAGAAAACAACUUCACUUCUGUCUUGUUUUACAUCAGAAGGGACAUGGGAAGACGUUCCACCUGCUCCAGUAGAUCCUGGUUCUUGGUAUUCAGCAGCAAGUCUAGGUAACACGAUCUACAUCACUGGUGGUAAGAGUAGAAGAAAAUGUACACUCGUUUACGACGUCUGUAGAAGAGAGUGGAAAACAGGUCCAGAUCUCGAAGAACAACGCUAUGAUCACUGCAUGGCCACAGCUAAUUAUAAAGUGUAUGCAAUUGGUGGUGAGUACAGCAACACGAUUGAAGAGAUGGGCGAGAGUGGAACACGCUGGCAGGUUGUUGGAGAUUUGAAACAGAACAGACAGGAUGCAUUCGCUGCUACAGUUGGACACAACAUUCUGGUGAUGGGUGGACUGAGUGGAGGAAGUGGAUCAGAUGUUAUCCAGUGUUUCAAUACAGUGACUCGCUGUGUGUCUAUCCUGAGCUCACGUUUACCAUACAGCUCGGUGUGUCUGAGAGGUUCGGUUCACCUCCCUGAUGUAUAUCUGCUGGACUAUGAUAGAAACAUGAUGCACGUCCAGGUCACUGACAGUGAUGGUGAAAUCAAGAUUCAAGUCAAGUCAACAGCGAAAUGGCGAUCAUUUAAACAUUGGUUUGGCGUAUCAUGGCAGAACGGAAGCUUGUUGUCCUUUAGUGGCUGUGACACUAAAUGUGAAAUUAGAAAAUACAACAUGGCUGAAGGGAAAGAGGAAAAUAUUACUUUUAUAAAAUCAACGAGAAGUGGUCAUGUGUAUGGUGUUCUGCCAGUGUCUCAUAACGCAUAA